AGGCAGAAAAACGGAGAGGGGAUGGCUCUCUAGGGUUCGCCUGCCGCCACCGUCGCCGCCAAGGUGUGUGGAUCCGGUCUCCGCCGCCCCCGGCCAUACACCGGCCGCAUCAGAUCCGUUGCUCCGCCGCCCCUUACCACCUGCUGCCCCCGCUCUCAGUCCGCCCCUGUGCACCACCUGCGCCGGCGCCGGAGCUUCAGCUGCACCACGCCGGAGGCCCCCUUGCCCCCCGACUCCACCUCCUCCCGCCCGACUGCACCAGCCCUGCCCUAUCUCCUACCUGUGAGAAGGUAACUGUUCAUCAGUCCCAAAAAAUGUAUUUUUUGCUUGAUGCUCUGAAUUAUGUUCUUAUGUACGAACUGCUUUAGUAAUAGGCCUUGAUUGGAGCAGUAGCAUUGUUCAGAUUUAGUAAAAUGUCAGAUUUAGUAAUAGGCCAUGAUUAGCUGGAUAUAUAUAAAUUGCCCUUAUGAAUUUCAUAUGUUAUAGAUGGGUCGCAUAUUCCUGUAAUAGUUCCAAAUGAUGAGAUCGUCAACCAUGUUGGUCGACAUGGAUACCAACACAGAAUAUUCAUACAUCAUGUCAUUUCUCGAAAUAAAUGUUCUAUAUAUUAUGUUUUUGUGCUAGUUCUCACUUUAUCAAGUCAAAACAGAUAACUUGUGCUUUAAUCUGCAUAUAAACAUCAUAGUCAGUAGUCGAGGGCGUUACUGAUAUUUCACAACACCCACAACUCUUAAAGCUGACAUACAGCAGGUCAGAUUCUGAUUCUCACGAAUCCAGAGCCACAUCUGAUUCUCAAGAAUCCAUAGCAAAGUGAUUUUCAGGAAUCUGUACCCAAACAGGAGGCCUCAGCCGCAGUUCAAACGAUAGAAAAGGACUCGGCUGAAUGUUCAUAAAUAAAAAAAGGACUCGGCUGAGUCCAUUUCCUCCCUCUCCAGGCAAAAUUCCCCACCCCUCUCCCUCACUACUCUCGCCUGAAUCGAGCUCGCGGCCGUCGUGCGCCGUGGAUUCCAGAUCGAGGUCGCUCCUCCGCUGUCCACACCUCGCGCAAUGGUCUCCUGAUCGAGCUCCCUUCCCUGACUGGGUGCGGGGGAGCACGGGCCCUCUAGGGUUUGACCCGCCGCCCUCGGUCACAUCCCGCCUCCGUCGACCGAGCUGCUGUUCUGCCUCACGCCGGGACCUUCUCCGCCGCCUUCCUCCACGACGAAGGCGACGGAACGCACCGACGCUGCUGAUAUUGCUCGUCGCCGCCGCCGCCGCCGCACCCUCCUGCUCGUGUAUUUUAGGUUGACCGGACUCGACGCAGCACGAUGCCUGACAGGACCGGCGCAACCAUGCUCGAGGAUCUGCCCGAGGAGAUGAUGCACAAAAUACUCAUCCGGUUGCCAUCCAAGGCCGUCGGCCGCUGCCGUGCUGUCAGCACGUCUUGGCACAGUGCCACAUCCACACCUGAAUUCAUGCUCGAGCACCGCCGCCGCCAGCCAUCGCUCCCUAUUGUCGAUGGGCAGGGGCGGCCCGCCAGUUAUGUCGUCUUAGGUGACGCUGGUGCUGGCACCUCAAAUCAAGAGCUCUGGCCCUUUCUCCAGGACUGCAAACACCGUUUUAAGAAUAGCCUCAAAGGCUCCUGUGAUGGCUUCUUCAUUAUGUACCUCUGGACGCGGUCCCAUUUCUUCAUCUGCAACCCGGUCACCCGCAAGUCUGUUGUCCUAAUGCAGCCUCAAGGGCUCAACUUCGUAGUUGGUUUCUACUGCCACCAUCCAACUGGAGAAUAUAGGGUGCUCUGGGUCUCGCAGUCAUAUGACUUGUCUACAUCUAGAUUAUACAUCGUCACAGUGGGAUCGGACAAGCCGAGGCAUGCAAUAGUCAGAAUGCAGACGGCCUCAUCGCCUUCCAUGGAACAGAAGUUACUGAAUGAGCUGCGAUUGUCAUCCGACCACUCACCAGCAGUCCACCACCAUGGAAGCCUCCACUGGUGUCUUUAUGAUGCUAGUGACAUCAUGGGAGGUGGUGGAGACAUUAUUGUGUUUGACACAGAAGCCGAGUCAUUCCGUUGGAUGCGUAGUCCUGCUCAGCCAUGCCCUAAUAGGAAAUUGUUCGACAUGAAAGGGACACUUGCUUGCUGGGCCGGCUUGACUCCUAGUUUCACUGCUAUUGAUGUCUGGGUGAUGCAAGAUUAUGAGGCGGAAAUCUGGACUUUCAAGUACUGGAUUGAACUUUCAACGGUGGAGGCAUCACGGCAACUUUAUUUAAGUUCAGUCAAAAAGAAAAAGAAAAAGAAAACACCACUUGAUUCAGCGGUGCAAUCAUUCAGUGAUAUGGCUGUGAUAAACGAGUGUGAGUUGCUGAUCAUGUUUAAUAACAAGCAUGUGUUGCGUUGCGACAUUGAUGGCAAGUUCUUAGGUUUGGUUAAUAUUGGAAAAAGUCAAUAUUGUAUGGGGCUUAGUCAGCACCGCCUUCAGGAGAGCAUUAUUGCAAUUCCAUCAUGAGAUGCAAAAAUAAGAUGAGGAACCUCCGUUCUCCACAGGGCAUGUAUGAAUGUUCAAGACUCCUGGUUUGCUUUGUCCUUGGAUUCAGAGCAUGUCUUUUGUUCUUAGCUCUUCUUACUUGUCGGUACUACUAGUGGCACGUGUCAUUUUGGAUGGUUGCAGUAGCACCUGCGAUCUCAUCAUUUGAUGCUGGUUAUGAUGUCUUGGUAAUGUUCUGACCUGAUAUAUGGAUCUUUGGCUAUUAGUUUGAUCUCUGUUAAUGUCUGA